AUGCGUGUAUCAUUCACCGCCGCUACCCUCAUCGCCAUUGCCGUUGCCGGAUCCCUCGUCAACUCGGCCAUCAUCCCCCGCCGCGAGAUGAACCGCUCUCGCGUUGACUCGCGCUACUUCAACGAUCAUGUUGAAGCCGCGGAGGCACGCGAUGUACCUGAAAUUCGGUCAGGCCAUUACGAUCGCGGAUACGCUGAGUCGACCUACCACGCUCGUGCUCACCCACGAGACUUCGUACGCCGGGUACCAGUGGCAGCCCACAGCAAUGACGACUACGAGCAGAUGGAAGCCCGUGACGAUCGUCCCGUGGUGGUAGCCUACUACGUACGAGGUCACGCAAGGGAUUUCUCAAGACGUGGGCAGUAA